AUGAAUCCUAGGACAACGGACACAUUUCCAUGCGUCCCAUCGAGAGCUAAUGCUCUUUUCAGUCUUUUUACGCAAGAACAGCUCUUGCGAUUUUCGGUUGAGUAUGAUAUGAUUUCACAAUUAUCUUUACCCAUUCAAAUACCCUUUUUAAUCCAAGCAAAAGAGUUGGUUUAUGCUCUAGCCGAGCAGCGCAACAUUCCGGUGCUGGAAAUUGAAGCCGCAGAGGUUCAGGACGUUUCUGCUCUAGUUGAGCAAAUUCACUUAGAAGAAACAACUAUUAUUGCCCGAGAAGGCGUUUUAACCCGAGCGAUGAGUACGGGCAGUUGGUUGAUUGUUAAUUCAGCUGAAAGAGAGAAUUCAGUCACUGAUUAUAUCAUUGCUGAAAUGGCCGUUAUUCCAGCCGGUCCUCGUCGGGGUGAACGACCAGCCCCAACCUUCCAGGUCUUUGUGCAUGCCAAGGACUACACCGGCACUGAGACUGAACACCGUGGCGGAGCGUAUCCCAUUCGGUUUCCGGCCCCAGAAGAUCCAGUUGAGUUUUUAACGCGGCUUCAGACUACUUUACCGAGUAGCAAUGCGGCCAUGCUACUGGAUACGGCUUUAGUGGCCCUGGGGAAGUUUAAGUUAAGUAAGAAUGGCGUGGGUGGUAUUAGUGGCAGUGAAUUGGCCACUAGUAGUGAGGUGUAUAAGAUAGAUAAGAUAGAUAAGAAUGAAGUUGUUAAAUUGAUUAGACGAGAAGAAGGAGUCUGCCGACUCUUUAACUUGCUUGUUAGUGCCUUGCUAAAGGCUUUAGAGAGGCCGGGAACGGCUGAUGAGAGUAGAGUAAGUAUGUUUGUGCGAGCUCGAGAUAUUUUACUGGCUGGUCAUAAAGCGACCAUUCGAGCUGAUUUAGAGGAAGAGCUGGCCCAGAUGCUUUGUUUACCAGCAGUAGCAAUUGCUGAGUAUGAGAAGGCUGAAACUGCCCGGAUGCUGCAACCUUUACAAGCAGAGAAAGAGUAUGUGCUAACGCAAUCAGCAGAGCGAUUAUUGUUGGGUUUAUUACGAGGUUUAGAUAUUGCUUAUUCUUUUUUACUGAUAGGAGAAACAGGAACGGGUAAAACAACUACAGUUCAAAAACUUUUCCAAAAAAGAUCAGAUCUAAUCAGUUCUACUUAUAAAGAUGCACGUAAAUUGCUUUGUAUCAAUCUUUCCAAAGAUACAGAUACAACUGAUCUUUUAGGAUCUUAUCAGUUUGCUACUUUAGAAGGUUUAGCUAUUACACUUAAUGAUACGGUGCAGGGAUACUUCGCUGACUUCUUUGUGCCCACUAAAAACGAACAGUUCCUGACCCAAUUAGAUGAGUUAGUGCGCCAGGGCCAGAUUGAGACUUUACAAGAGACCGUGCAAGAUCUACUGCUUAAGUUCCAAGAGCGGCACUUAGCUUCGCCUCAGAACACUCGCCAGGCUCUGUCUAUUGCUAAGCUGCAAAAGACUCUGGCGCUUAUGCAGCGCUUGCAGGCUGGUGCUCAGAACAUCUGUACCUUUAUGGAGGGACCUUUAACCCGGGCUUUUCUCUAUGGGUACUGGAUUCUUCUGGACGAGAGUAACUUAGCCCCACGAGCUACGCUAGCUUACAUUAAUUCUGCGCUUAAGCAGUCUGCUCUGUUCCUGCUUGAAGAUUCAGGUACUUCUUUGCCCAAGGACCCACGGACAUUGGUCUUCCAGUGUAUCAACCCUGGGGACGAUCAUGGUAAGAAAGAUAUAGUUAUGGACCAAACCAUUACCUUAGCAGUUGAUGAGAUAGAUACUAAUCCGCCUGAUAUUCUUAAAGUCGCACUUAGCUACCGCCAAAACGUGCCCGUGACAACCGUUGAGCAAAUGACGCAGUUCUACAUUGAGAUCAAGAAGUGUGCGCAAGAGAACUAUUUACGCAUGGGUAGUGGUCGUCCGGCUCUGUUUGGUAUUCGAAAUCUCAUUCGAGCCGUACAAAUGGCCCAUACUUCGCCUCGUAAGGCGCUCCAAACAAACUUCCUUACUCAGCUCUGUCUUCUUCAUAAGGAGAUCGGGCGCAAACUACUAACCCAGUUCUUCCCAAUUACUACUACACCUUCUAGUAUUUCAACUACCUCUUCCACACAUCCAUCCAGUACUAACCACUACAUCAUUACUCCAACUACUCAGACGUACUUAGAUGAAAUCACCGCAGCCAUUGAAGCCAAAGUCCCAGUUCUCCUCGAGGGAAGUACGUCCGUAGGUAAAACCUCUCUAAUCAAGCACUUAGCCCAGCUUAGAGAUAAACAAAUCAUUCGCAUCAACAACCACGAACAUACUGAACUUGCCGAGUACUUAGGAGCCUACUCAGUGGCCGAAACCUCUUCUGACUCACCGGAUGACUCAAAGCGACAGAAAACGACCUCACAGUUUAUUUAUCGCGAAGGCGCCUUAGUUGAUGCCGUACGCAAUGGCCACUGGGUCCUUUUAGACGAGCUGAACUUAGCGCCCACUGAAGUGCUUGAAUCACUCAACCGACUACUAGACAGUAAUCGUGAGCUGUUCAUUCCGGCCACCCAGGAGGUCAUUCAAGCCCACGCCGAGUUUGCCCUGUUUGCCACCCAGAAUCCAGCCGAGUCACUUGAUUACAAGAACCGAAAACAUCUUAGUAAGGCAUUCCGCAACAGAUUCAUUGAAAUCUAUGUGGAAGAUAAGACUCGUCCGGAAAUGGAAGCUAUUCUUCUCGGUAAGAAGAUCGGCAAAGUAUCUGCUAAAACUCUCCUGGAGAUCUAUGAAAGUCUCAAAAGUCUUUCCGGCAACCGUGCCCACCAGUACAUUACCCUUAGAGAGAUCAUGCGUAUUAUUCGCCGUUACCAAGCCGCCCAACCAUCUUUCAUAGACAAAAAGGCAACUGACCCUCAAAAACUCUUCUACCAUACGAUGAUGGUCUUAACCGAAAAGAUCAGAGAAAGACCCGAAAAGGAAAAAGUAAUCACAACUAUCAUAACAGCUUUUGAAAAGAUGUUCCGCGAAAAGUUCACUCUAGAAGAUUAUCGCGACGCCUUAUCAGUGCCUCUAUCUCCAACCGACAAUGAUCCCUUACUUGUUCCAGGGGUUGUGCGCACAUUACGCCAAAUGGAAGCUGCCUGGCUGGCCCAGGAGAGUAUUCUUCUAGUUGGUCCCCCGGGGAUUGGCAAGACGUACCUCUCUGAGUAUACGGCCAGCCGUCUUGGCAUUCCGUGUACGGUCAUGGGUAUGCAUGCAGGUAUAGAGCUAUCAGAUUUUGUGGGUAGUUAUUCCGAGCACACCCCGCCCGGUACUAGUGAGAGACACUUCCUUUGGCGCAAUGGUCCCUUGAUCGAAGCCAUGGAAAAUGGCGCAGCCCUGGUCAUUGAUGAGAUUAACCUAGUCCCAGAUUCAGUGCUUGAAUCUUUAAACGAACUAUUUGACGACCGGUCCCUACGCAUUCAUGAACGCUCAAGAAGUUGCCAAGCCCAUGAAAGUUUCCGUAUUAUUGGAACAAUGAAUCCAGGUGAUGAUUAUGGUAAAAGAGAGGUGGGCAAAAGUAUUUCCAGCCGAUUUACUACUAUUUGUGUGGACCCGCCCGGUGAUCUGGAAGAGUCACUCAAGUAUUUCAUGUACUACGUUGAGAAGUACGGAUUGUUAGCUAAGUACACGGAAGCAGAGAUGUACAUGGCCGCGCACAAGGCAUUAGCCCAAACCCAGGCCGAGAUUGAAAGUGCUCGUGAGGCCGAAGUCUUAGCCAGGUACCUUCUUAACCGCCCCGAUUCAUCUAAUACCACCACUGCCACGCCUACCACUGCCUCACCUACUACCACCAUACCUACUACCACCUCAUCACAACCCAAUACCUCGCAGUAUCUUGUUCAACUAAUUCGAGAGGCCAUUGAGUUAGUUAAAGGCCGAGCACCACAGGAGGAAAUAGAUCUAGUGGAUAAUGAGAGCGUGUUUGGGGCUGGACCCUUCAUUCUUCAGAAAAGUGCACUCCAGGACACCCAAGCCAGCAGUGCUUAUACUUUUGAGCCGCGGUCUGUGCGCCAGACACUUUUCCGGGUCCUGCAGGCUUUGUUCUGCCGCUUCAAUGUACUUCUAGAAGGCCCACCGGGCACAGGUAAGACCAAAAUGAUCUUAGAACUAGGCGCUCGCUUGGGCCAGCAAGUCACUCGUAUCAACCUUAGCAAAGAAACCGAAAUGGCCGAUUUGGCCGGCCGGUGCAUUCCUACUGCUACAGGCAUUCGCUUUGUAGAGGGCGAGUUCGUGCGGGCCGCUAAACGAGGCGACUGGAUUAUUAUCGAUGAGAUUAACUUGGCCACCCAAAGUGUGAUUGAAGGUCUUAAUGGGUGCCUGGACUACCGUCGAGCUCUUUAUAUUCCCGAGCUCGGUGAAGUGCAACUGCAUCCCAGCACAGUGAUUUUUGCGACCAUGAACCCUAAAUCCGGACGAGCAGAUGGACGUAAACUCCUUCCUAAAUCGUUCCUUAGCCGGUUUAUACGUAUUUUCCGUGGCGAUAUGUCAGAGGCCGAUCUAGUCACUAUUCUUCGGCGGGCGCCUACACCCAACCCUAAUAACCGAGAGGCUCUCUUAUCCCAAAUCAUCCAUCUCAAACAAAAGUAUCCUCUUAACCUACGUGACUGUCUCAAGCACAUGGCCAUUGGCUCAACCCAUCUUAUUCCUUCUCUUUAUGCCGUCACUGAGACCCAGCUAGUCCCAACCUACUUACCAGAGUACCAAGCCACGGCUACCGCACUGCAAGUAGGCCAGGCCAUUCUACCGGGCAAUUUAGCUAACGAUCCAGAGUACGUAAUUACGCAUGGCAAUCUCACCGCACUAGAAAUAGUUAUUUGGGGAGUUGAAAAGAACUGGCCAGUCAUUCUGCGCGGCGGUGUCGGCAAGGGUCGACUUACUCUAUUCAUUGCACGACACACCAGCCGCCAUCUCUUUGUUCUGCCCUGCCAUAAAGACAUGGAGCCCAGUGACUUCCUUGGGCGAUACACCCAAGCCCCACCAGGAUCAGGCACCGACUUUAUCUGGGAAGAUGCCCCGUUUGUCAAAGCCGCCGAGGCCGGUUCUCUUAUCUUCCUUAAAAAUGUCAAUCUAGUGCGCAAUGAUGUUAUUGAUCGACUUAACAGUUUGUUCGAACAGGACGGGACUCUAGAGAUUCACGAAAAAGGCGGCGAAGAAGUCCGAGUUGUCCAGGUGCAUCCUAAAACGCGAUUCUUCCUUGGCGUCUCUGCAGCCGGCAAAGAACUUUCGCACGCUCUUAUCAACCGAUCUAUUCAAGCACGUAUUUCCUCUUCUCUUUCCCCAGUUGAUAUUUGUAAGAUCGUUCAGUUCCCGAUUCCAGCCAACAAAGGCCCGGUUCUUCGCACUCGUGGGGUCUACCGCGUUAGUGCCGCUGUCCUACGCGCACACGUUCAAGCCAGACAGCUACUGCACUACAACGCUCUGCAAAACGACCAUCUCGUUCCCCUGAUUUCUAAUCUCCCCGCUCUUAAAGAAGAAAGUCCACUCGUUAACUGCCAUACCGAAGCAAGCAUUCAAGCCCAUCUUAUCUCUCUCGCCGAAACUCCUCUCAAACAGGAAAUAGCUACUAUUCUCUUCAGUAAUCCCCAACCUCAAGCCCAGCUUACUCAACUGAUUGAACGAGUCGCCGAAGCAGGCAUUGAAAAGUCCUACCGAGCUUUCUACCGCAACCGACCUCUUUUCUACGCCCUCAAAGAAGCAUACGUUCUAUGUGCAGCCUACCGCGAGCAGCCCACCACCACUCCACCACCAAAGAAGCCCGGACUCGAAGGCGCACUCGCUAAUCUUAUCUACCUCCAAACCACUAUCUCUCAAGGUGAAAACGGACUGCGUGCCUACUUUGAAGCCAUGGACCUUCCUUUCAUUCCGCGCAAGAAAGUCUCGCUACGACUAGCUAAGCUUUCCUUACUCGAAACCACUCUUAAUCCCGACACAGAACUAGCUAAGCUGCAACACACUCCAAUCAUCACCCAAAUUGCCCAAGUACUCGACUCUCUACCUAUUGAACUAGAAAAGACCAUUGCCAAACUAGAAACCCGACCACCCGCCUAUGAAGCACUUUUAUCCCUUAUCAGUGAGUGCCUCAAGCACCAAAUCGACCCUCUUAUCUUCCCUGAAAUAGAAGAGAUUGAACGAGCCGCUCUAGCCCAAAUCAAUAAGUGUGUCUACGAAAUCCGCCAAGCUUACGCCCAGUACAAAUACGGUGACAAGUACAGCCAACAGAUCAAAAAAGAUAAGAUCCUUACCGAGCUAUCUCUUCCCAGCCCAGCUAAAUCCACCUCCAACUCCACUUCCCUAGCUGAACUUCGCCAGAAACGCCAAGACCGUAACUUCCCUAAGUUUGCCGAGUACCUCAAAGGCGUCAUCCACGAAGUCCAAAAUGCCCCCCACCCCGAAGCCUUUGCCUUCUCAAUCGUACAAAGAAACAUGGCCAAGUACGCCGAUCUCUGGGACUGUUUUGCCUACACGGUACUUCGCGACGGCAUUGAGCGCAUUGCCCAGCGAGAAGAGCACCGCGAGGUGCAUCCAAUUGGCGCCUGGGCCCUCGACGCACUUACUGCCCGCCACUCACCCCUCCAUUUCCUUCGCAAAACCACCCAGUAUCUCCAAAAACAAGGUCUAUCCUACCUCUCUCUAACUCCAGUCCAAGCCCAGGCAGUCGCUCACUUCUGGACUGUCCAAUCAGGAGGCAUACGCACGCCCGAAGAGAUCAGUCAACUAGCCGCCAGUAUUCUGCUUGAGUGCCCACUUAGCGCCAAGUAUCCUGCACUUGCCCCCGAAGGCCGGGCUUAUCUUCUCUCCCGCGAUAUAGAUACUCUUUUCACUACCGCAACAUCCCUGAAGCCCAAAGGACUCUGUCUUACCUAUGAAACAGCCAACGAACUACCCGCAGUCUUUACUCCCCUUCCCAUUAUUACUCUUAUUACCGAUACACAGAAGGAGAUCAAAAACAAACUAGCCAAAGACUGUCAAGACUCCACUAACAUUUGGAAAGAAGAAGACGGGGCCGGACAGUACGUUCUCGAAAGAAUGCAAGAAGUUCUCUCACUUCCCUGUUCUCUACCUCUCCAAGUAGUUGCCAAAGACCUCGAUAAACUCAACCACGAGUGCAUCCACAUUGGCCUUCUUUCUACUCCGCUUAACACAGCCCGUAUGCAGAUCUACAAAGAGUUUGCCAGUCUAUCGGCUUAUGACAUGCCUAAGUAUACUCAAGUCCAUCCCGGUUGGCUUCUCCAUCUCUUCCAAGCCACCCAGCACCCAUCCCAAAUCAAGACUUUCAUUCUCGCCAUUGAAGAAUUCCUCCUCCAGUCCACCCUAGGUGAUAUGCAAGAAAGAGUUAGUCACGUUGCCCAUGCUGUCACACAAGGCGCGCCCUACCAAAUCAACAACAUCCAAGUGUAUUUCCAGCCUUACCUAGAAAUCACCCACAAGAAGAAAGAGCGCAUUUCAGAAGCCAUCAACAAGGACCUAGCUGAUAUUCAAACGGCGCUAGCCGUAAAAAUCAAAACAAAAGAUGCCAUCAUUCCCAUCCGGGAAGAGUCCAUUCUUAGCAAGUCCGUCAAAGUUCAAACCUCACUCGACUCUCUUUCCACACCUAUUCUUACACUUAUCAAACCGCAUACUUUUAUUAACACUCUUGAUCUUUCUUGCAAAUGCGCCGCAGAUACCUGCUAUCUCUGUCUUGCCCAAACAGUCCAACAACGCAAGGCCCAACUAGAGAAGGAAAGCACCAGUAUCAAACUCCGCCAGCUUUAUCUUCUUUUCGAACGACUUUCCUCCCUCAUGCCCCGCACCACCUCACGCAAUACCAUCCCCGGUGCCGCUGAGUUCUACCACCACCAAUUCACCGGCACCCCAGCCGCCCACCAACUCCUCGCUAAAAUCAUUCAUCUGGGAGAUAGCAUCCUGCGCACAGAGCCAAAUAUCACCCACCAAAUAGCCGUUCGUCUUUCUGAAUUCACAGUGCGCGUGCUCAAUCAUGCCCUCAACACCGCCCCACCCGAAGAAUAUCCCUUCCUCUUAGUUUCACUAGGUCUCUUCUACGAGUUGCUAACUUUCGGUUUCUGUGGAGAAGACGAAGACGAAGGCGUGCUUGAUGGCCUGAUCGAAGAACUAGAAGAUGCAGGUAUGCGUCUAGGCGAAGGCGAGAAGAACAUCUCUGAAAAUCUCAAGACCGAAGAAGAAGUCGGUGAUAACUACCAAGGAGAAAAGGACGAGCAAGAAACAGAAAUCAACGAAGAAGACGGCGUAGACUGCCAGAAUGAAGGCGAAGUUCAAACCACAGCCGGGGCCGAAGAGACUCCAGACAUCGAACUGGAACAAGGCAGUGUAUCCGAGAACGAAGAGAACUACAACCAGCGCAACAAAGAAGCACCCGCAGAGGAUGAUUCCGAGAAGGACAAAGGCACUCCCGAAGAAGAAAGUGACGAAAAUGGUUCAGACGGCAGCACCCAAGGCUCCGAAGAAGACCCGAACCCAAGUGAAGGUGAAGAAGAAGACCCACAAAAAGUAGAUAUAGAUCCCGAACUACCCGAUCAGCGCGACGAUAUGCACAUCCAGGAAAUGGAAGUGUGCAGUGACGAACCCUCUGAUUUCAGCCAUGAUGCUCUUGAAGAAGCCGAAGACUGUGAUCUCAACGAAGAGUCUCUAGAUCGACUAGAACUCCUUUCCGAAGAAAGCAGUAGCGAAGAGAUUUCUAUUGAGCAAUACGACAGCGAAGAAAACCAAACCAAUCUCCACCACUACAGCUUUGAAGAGGCCGAAACCAACACAGAGCAGCUCUUUGAAGAUGCCGAGAAUAUGCCAUCCGACGACCAGGUUGGCCAUGAAGAAGGACAAGGCGCUGAACGCGAAGUAGCUGCAGAAGGCGGCGAGACUCUUAAUGACCAAGCCAUUGAUACAGACGAGCUUUACGACAAUCCAUCUACACCAACCGAGCCCAAAGAAGUUCUCCGCAAAGCCGCCUUCAAAAAGCCCGUCCGAGAUGUUGAUCCAGCCACUUACUAUGAGAGUAUCAAACACCAGACCAAUCCAGAGCUAACUAAGCAGCUAGGUAUUGUGUUGGAAGAGAACGAGAAGACUUCCUAUGAAGGCGACUAUGCAAGUGGUCGACGACUGAACAUGAAAAGAAUCGUUUCCUAUGUAGCCAGUAAUGGACAGAAGAACCGGAUUUGGAUGCGCAAAACCAAAACACAAGGCCGAGAGUAUCUCAUUCGUAUCUUUGUGGAUAACAGUGGAAGCAUCAAAAACAAUGGCAUGGCUAUUCCCUUGAUCAGCAGUCUUACUACGAUCGCCAACUCUCUCGAUCUUCUCUCGGUUUCCUAUGAGCUUUACACCUUUAGCACGACCGUACAGGCCCACCACAAUAUUAAGGGUCUGGUUGACAAUCUUACUUUUGCCGCUCAAGAGACACGUAUUUCCUGGGCCUUUGAAGAGCAGUAUGCCACCGGCCACAAUAUUAUCAUCGGUGACGGUCUCUUCUACGACAGCAUGCAAGCUCCCGGACUAUUGCCCAAUACACUGCUUUUAGUGGUAGGCAGUGGGAACAAGAUCAAGGAAAUGCGAUCAGUUAAGGUCAUGGUAGGCGAAGUCGUAAUUGGCAAGUAUUUGGAAAUGCUAGGUCUGCCUUACUGUCUAGUUGAAGAUGACGCCCUCCUAGAAAUCGUCUUCACUCGCGAGCUCAAAAACAUGCUUCUUCUUUCCAAGUAUGCCCAGUAA